UGCACCGUCAUAAUCCGAUUAGUUUAUUCUACCGGAGGACACUGCGUUAUCUCAACCAAACAAACUAUGACUUACUGUUCUAAACGUGCUUAAGUAGCCUAUUUGCUUUAGUUGUUGGACAACUACGUGAUACAUCGGAGGCCUGCGUCUGAAAGACCCAUAGGCUGCAUCAUCGUUCUUCACCAGGUUGGAAAGAUGCUGACUAUACGGCGCGUGCUGCGAUGUGCAGGGCAUUCUGCGGCAGUGCGUGAUUGCCGAGCCCCGCGCCUGCCCCUGUGUUACAGCACCGCAGCCAAGCAAGAGGAGACACCAAAGAAGACCAAAUUUGGUCCACUUAGAGACCAAGACCGGAUAUUCACCAACUUGUUUGGCCGGCAUGAUUGGAGGCUUAAGGGGGCUCUCCGGCGAGGCGACUGGUACAAAACCAAAGAGAUCCUGCUGAAGGGGACCGACUGGAUCCUGAAGGAGAUGAAGAUCUCCGGCCUGAGGGGCCGGGGAGGAGCUGGCUUCCCCACUGGGGUGAAGUGGAGCUUCAUGAACAAACCCAGCGAUGGCAGGCCCAAGUACCUGGUGGUGAACGCAGACGAGGGGGAACCAGGCACCUGUAAGGACCGGGAGAUCAUGCGCCACGACCCCCACAAGCUGCUGGAGGGCUGCCUGGUGGCGGGCAGCGCCAUGGGAGCCCGCGCUGCCUACAUCUACAUCAGAGGGGAGUUUUACAACGAGUCCUCCAACCUGCAGGUUGCAAUUAACGAGGCUUACAAGGCGGGACUCAUUGGCAGGAACGCGUGUGGCUCGGGGUAUGACUUUGACGUGUUUGUGAUGAGGGGUGCGGGGGCAUACAUCUGUGGGGAGGAGACGGCUCUCAUCGAGUCCCUGGAGGGCAAGCAGGGCAAGCCCCGCCUUAAACCUCCUUUCCCUGCUGACAUCGGGGUGUUCGGAUGCCCGACGACAGUUGCUAAUGUGGAGACGGUUGCCGUGGCGCCGGCUAUCUGUCGUCGAGGUGGAGAGUGGUUUGCCAGCUUUGGGAGAGAGAGAAACUCAGGGACCAAGCUGUUUAACAUCUCUGGUCACGUGAACACACCCUGCACCGUGGAGGAGGAAAUGUCUAUCCCUCUAAAGGAACUUAUAGAGAGACAUGCAGGAGGCGUGAGGGGAGGAUGGGACAACUUGUUAGGAGUGAUCCCUGGAGGGUCCUCCACCCCGAUCAUCCCACGCUCCGUGUGUGAAGACGUCCUGAUGGACUUUGAUGACCUGGUUCGAGCAGAAACGGCUCUCGGCACUGCAGCCAUCAUCGUCAUGGAUAAAUCUACGGAUGUGAUCAGAGCGAUCGCCCGUUUGGUGGAGUUCUACAAGCAUGAGAGUUGUGGACAGUGCACCCCCUGCAGGGAAGGUGUAGACUGGAUGGAUAGGAUGAUGUGGAGGUUUGUGAGCGGCGAUGCGGCUGCCUCAGAGAUCGAUAUGAUCUGGGAGCUCAGCAAGCAGAUUGAGGGGCACACGAUCUGUGCCCUGGGGGACGGAGCAGCCUGGCCCGUACAGGGUCUAAUCCGACAUUUCCGUCCAGUCAUGGAGAACCGCAUCGCUGAGCACAACAGACGGAACCCUCCCAGAGAACCGGAGAUAGAGAUGAUCUGAGGCUGACCGCUUGGAUGGCAACAUACUAACUUCCUCUUCCUGUAACUGCAUGCCAACAAGUUCAUACAACCCUUGGUUAUGCGCAUGUCAAACUUGAUUAUUAGUGUAUAGUUAAUUAUUUCAAUGUACAGUGUUAAAUCAUUCAUUCUCCAGUGUAUAAUGUUCCA